UACUACGGAUAAUUUUCAUUUUUGGGUGAACUAUUCCCUUAAGGCCCCCCCCAUAGCCUGUUUCAGUUUUCCGGAAGCAGAUAGAGUGCUGCUGCACAGUCGUUGUAUCUGGUUAGGAACGAUACUAAUGCGAACUAAUGCUAAGGUCCAGGCACACAAAAGUGUCAAAUAAAGUACCACUGUCUUCUCAAAAAAUAAGAAUGGGUCAGUCAGAGAGCGGGCACAUUCAUGUUGCUUCGAGGAAACGCAGAUCAGAGGAAUGCACAGUUCUGCAUUCAGAUGUUCCAGAUGUUCCUCUAGCUGUGGUUGAGGAGAUCCUACUGAACCUGCCUGCACAUCAGGUGGUGCGAGUCUGUCGGCUGGUGUGUCGUGAGUGGAAGGAGCUGGUGGACAGUGCUUCACACUGGAGAGAGCGCUGUCGGAGAGAGGGGAUCCAGCCCUGUGAUGCUUCCAGACCCCCAAAGGACUGGCGCCUGUUUUACUUUCUUACUAAGAAACAACGUAACUUACUCAAGAAUCCCAGAGCGGAUGAUGUUCUUCAAGGAUGGGAGAUUGUAUGUAAUGGAGGUGAUGGCUGGGCGGUCGAAGGAAAUAGGAAACCAUUUCCGGACAACACAGUCACCAAAUGUUUCGUAACAUCUUAUGGGUUAUGUUUGAAGCGACAGCUGAUUGAUUUGAAGAAAGAAGGUUAUAGUGCUGCUUUAAUGGAUCAAGUGCAACCUCAUAUCAAAAUAUCAGACUGGUAUGCCCCAUGCCCUGACUGUGGAAGUGAGUAUCAGAUCUGUGUAGAGUUGCUUGAUCAGAGGAAAAACCCCAUCAGAACCUUUCAGCCUGAGACAGUUAUAUUUCCAUCUGGGAACAGUGAGCCGUGGUGUCAAAUGACCCACAUCUUUAAGGAUUAUGGACCUGGAGUUCAGUUUAUUCGUUUCACUCAUGGUGGGAAGGAUACACGGUUCUGGGCAGGCCAUUUUGGAAUACGGAUCACUAGCAGUAGUGUGGAGAUCAAUCCAACUGAUGAGGGGUAGUGCGGUUUUUUAACUGCAAAACAUAUUUAUUAAAAGACCGCCAGAGGCAGUGCUGAAAGGACUAGUGGAAGACAAUUACCUACGCAAUCAUAAGGAAUGUCCGGGCAGGCAGAAAGCACUGCAGCGCAUACCACUGGCAAGGGAGUCACAUUCCAUCUGUAGAAACUUGAAAACGUGCAGGCUGAACCCCAAGUUGCUGCAGCAACUUUUUCGUUUUUCAUGUCCAAAAACUGUAGUUUUCUAUAUGUAAAAACUGCAGUAAUCUUUUGUAAGGGAUAUGCUGUUUUUUUUCAACAGGGAAUGUGCAUGUGGAACACCCAAGUUCCGAAAGAUGCUGCAAAAAAUCUAAAAUGCAUCCCACUGAGCAGUAUAAUGGAUCAACAUCACGGCUAGAACACCAGUCAGAGAAAACCUUCCAUUUAUAAGCAUGUAACUUUUCCAUGGAUGCCGCAAGUGCAUUCAAAACAGUGUCCCUGGCCCUCUCUGAACACUCCAAUGGUGCUUUUCCACUGCAUGGUACGGUCUGGUACAGCUCAGUACGGCUCACUUUUUGGUGCUUUUCCUCUGCAUGGUACGGCUCGCUUAAGUAGUACAAAGCGCCAAGAGAGGCCUGGUGGGUCCAAUGGCCACACCCACAGUUUCAAUCGAUCUGGAUGUGGGUACUAAACUCUUCCUUCUAGCUGACUCAGUAGGUCUGGUCUGUUGGGUAGAGGACAAGGUGGUCCUAUUAUCAAUGAAAACAGAGUCUGAAACAUGACCUCGCAGGCCAAUGUGGAGCCACUAACAGCAGACUGUGGCCGCAGUCGUGCACUCGAGACGGAGUCCUCCAAAUCAGUGUUAACAGGGGAAAGCAUAUAGUGUCAUGUCUGGCCAGUUGUGUGCAAAUGCAUCCAGACCCAGGGAUCCCGGUUUAUCCAUCAGGGAAAACCAACGAGGGCAGUGAGAUUGUUUGUGAGCACCUCUACAGUUGAUGCACUUAAGAAAAAUAGACAUGCAGCACAACAUGGUGGUAAUUAACAGAAAAAAAGACUGAGAAUGUGCAUCCGUCAUGUAAACAAUACAAACUUUUGCCUAUAUGUGAACAAUCUGCCCAUACAGGCUAUUUUGAAUCUGCAUAAAUAGGCUAUAUACUGACACUUAUAGGUCUCCAUGAAUUAAAAGAAUAUAGCCAAAUCA